AUGAGUGUAAACCAGACUGGGUAUGAUGGUAUUUCUAGAGUGGAUGGUGGAACGGUGACGGGCGGCCUCAACAUCAGUAGUGCCCCGAAGCUGCAACAGUGUGCUCAGCCUCCCGCUAAUCGACCAAGGGAUGCCCGGCACCAGCAACAUAGCAGCCGGCAGCACCAGCACGGCGGUGUACCUGUCAAACCGCCUUUUUCCGGACGGUCCGAACCCGCGGACGUUGUGAAGCGCGCCAUUGACUUCAAGACGCAAGGCACACAGUGUUACAAGGAUAAGAAGUACCGGGAGGCGAUUGGCAAGUACCACCGUGCUUUAUUAGAGAUGAAGGGGUUGUGCCGGGUGCUGGGAGACCCUGAAGCCAGCUCUAAGUCUCCUUCUUCUGUGCUGCCUACUAUAACCAAGCCAGACAGCCUGACAGACGAGCAGAAAGGUGCCAUGGAGAACGCUGAGCUGGAAUGUUACAACAGUCUGGCAGCGUGCCUGUUGCAGAUGGAGCUGGUCAACUAUGAGCGUGUGAAGGAGUAUUGUCUGAAGGUGCUGCGUAAGGAAGGGGACCACUUCAAGGCUCUGUAUCGCUCUGGGGUGGCCUACUAUCACCUAGGAGACUUCCACAAGGCUCUACACUACCUCAAGGAGUCCCACAAACAGCAGCCAGCAGACACCAACGUUCUCCGUUACAUCCAGCUGACUGAGAUGAAGAUCCGUCGCUCUGCCCAGAAGGAGAAGAAAGAGACCACAUAAACAACCAACCAACUCACUUUCUGUUUUAAUAACUAACUCACUUCUCAC